AGAAAGCUCGAAAAGCAGGAAGCUGAGGACUGAAAAGGAGAGCAUGAGUAAUCCUUAAUGACACCAGGAACUCAUAGAUGGCAAGCUGCCAGGCUUGUCCUCCAGUAAUAGCCAGAACUGUGCUGUGGCUCUGAACCUACAGUACAUAUAAUCCUGUCCCAUGAGAAUCUGAGUUCACGAUCCAGCAUGCCCUUGUAAGUGGAAGUCCUGGUACCUGAAGCCAUGGAGUCAUCUUUCUCAUUUGGAGUGAUCCUUGCUGUCCUAACCAUCCUCAUCAUUGCUGUUAAUGCACUGGUGGUAGUGGCUAUGCUGCUAUCAAUCUACAAGAACGAUGGUGUUGGUCUUUGCUUCACCUUGAAUCUGGCUGUGGCUGAUACCUUGAUUGGUGUGGCUAUCUCUGGUCUAGUUACAGACCAGCUCUCAAGCUCUACUCAGCACACACAGAAGACCUUGUGUAGCCUUCGGAUGGCAUUUGUCACUUCUUCUGCAGCUGCCUCUGUCCUCACGGUCAUGCUGAUUGCCUUUGACAGAUACCUUGCCAUUAAGCAGCCCCUCCGUUACUUCCAGACCAUGAAUGGGCUUGUGGCUGGGGCAUGCAUUGCAGGACUAUGGUUGGUAUCUUACCUUAUUGGCUUCCUCCCACUCGGAGUCUCCAUAUUCCAGCAGACCACCUACCAUGGGCCCUGUAGCUUCUUUGCCGUGUUUCACCCAAGGUUUGUACUGACCCUCUCCUGUGCUGGUUUCUUCCCAGCUGUACUCCUCUUUGUUUUCUUCUACUGUGACAUGCUCAAGAUUGCCUCUGUGCACAGCCAGCAGAUCCGAAAGAUGGAACAUGCAGGAUCCGUGGCAGGAGCUUACCGCCCCCAACGGCCUGUCAAUGACUUCAAAGCUUUCCGUACAGUGUCUAUUCUCAUUGGGAGCUUCACUCUGUCCUGGUCCCCUUUUCUCAUCACUAGCAUUGUGCAGGUGGCCUGCCACAAGUGUUGUCUUUACCAUGUGCUCGAAAAGUACCUGUGGCUCCUUGGAGUUAGCAACUCCCUGCUCAACCCACUCGUCUAUGCCUAUUGGCAGAGGGAGGUUCGGCAGCAGCUUUACCACAUGGCCCUGGAAGUAAAGAAGAUCUUCACUUCAAUCCUCCUUCUCUUAGCCAGGAAUGGUGGUCAGGAGACACCUGGAGAAAGCUCCUAUCACAUUGUCACAAUCAGCCACCUGGAGCUUGAUGGCUGAGACGUUUCAGGACUCCCCUCAAGAACAUGAAAUCACAUACCCUUCUGCAUAAUGUUUUGAGUGUUUUACAAUUGGUAAAGGUAGGUUGCCUCAACCUGCCAACACUCUUGCAUGACCAUUCAGUCCAUCUCUAGCAGUCAACCAACCAGAAUAGCCCUUCUCCCUAGAUGAAGUGUUAACUGACUCAAAGGAGAAUUGAAGUCAUGAGCUUGAUUUAAUUCUCAGCAAACUGAGACCAAACUGAACAGUGACUACUGAAAUGAAGCAUGAGAGAUCCUCCGAGGACAUGCAAAGAAUAAGAGGAAAUAGGAUAUCACCAACUGUGCAAUAAGAACAGCAAUGUACUCCAGGCCAGACCACAACUCCUCGAUUAUCAUCUGUCAUGCAAAAUUGAGUGAUAACUUCAGUAUCUUCCUUGCCAUCCUUCAAAGACUACUGAGCAGUCUGGAAUCACCUUUUCUAUGAUUUCUCAUUUGUUAUUUCUUUAAUCUUACCAACUCAGAGGUGGUACCUAUAAAUGUUAACUGUCAUUCAUUAAUUGUAUAUCUGUCCACUUGUCUAUCCCACAAACAUUUAAGAGUGAGGUGCUACAAAACUGCAUCUUUGCUGGGAUUUCUUUUUUGGUGUGCACUGAUGUAUGAAAGAUAUUUAACCCUUUCUUCAUAUUAAAAUUAUUUUACUAGUUUUAGAAAUUUUAGAAAAUGAUUCAAGUGCUUAUAAUUACACCCUUCAGAAAUGACCACUUUUAUUCUCCAACUUGUUUUCAACUUUAUAUUAUAUUGUGUGUAUUCCCAUAUAUCACUGUUCUUUUUCAAAAGCGUAAUAUAAUGACUGUGUGUUUUCAACAAAUGAAUUUGUAGUAUUUUUAGUCACUUCCUAUAAUUGUUGUUAAAAUUUAGUACUUAUUGCCAUAUCAGUAUAAAUAACCUAUAUAUGAAUCUGAUGUGCCUCUGUUCAAUUACUUAAGACUUCAGUCUUCAGAGCAGCAUUAUUAAAUCAAGAAGUAUUAAGUCUUGAUAAGAGUAUUUA